CUGCUCCUCACUCGCAUCGUCGUCUCCCAUGCACACGAGCUCAGAAGUCUUCGCCGCUCGUGCUCGUGCUCUGCUCAGCUCAGCUCGCUCUCGAUUCGGUCAUCCCCGGCUGCGCGUGCCAUCGAGGUGUACGCAUCUGUGAUCGGUCGGAUUUUCUUCGGCGAUCUAUCGAAGUUGGUGGUGGGUUCGACUUGUCUUGCGACGUACGGGCGCAGACACGGAUGACUUUGAAAAGCUGGACUCGAGACGGAGUGGAGGCUCUGUCGUGCGAGCUCCGGAUGCGGGUCUAAAGCCGAGUCUCGGCGUUGGGGCAAGCAAGACAGGAGCAGUAAGCAGAGGUUGCGAGGGGUGAAGUCUGAACUUCCGAGCGAGAAUUCGGAAGCCUCACCGUGCACAUUGUUGGUUCAGACAGUGGUCAUCGACACAUUGUUCUCCAGGAUCGCAUUUGUCAGCAGAAAUCAUGUGCUUCAUGGGGAAAAUCUGCAAGCUGUGCUCUUGCUUGAUCGUGGUGGCGGUGGUUCUCACCGUUCUCUUCGGCUUCGGCUGGAUGAAGAAAGCUGGUCACGCUUGCGUUCAGGGCCAUUCGGUCUUAGGAAAGUGCAACGGCUCAUUCAUUGCGCCACCGCCUUCAUGGGGACCGGUUCUGUCACCUGUUUACGACCUCUUGCCACCGCUGGGCAAUGACAAUUUCACAUCGAGCUCAGUUCAGCCGAAACCCUGAGGUGCUUGGCCCGGAAGACAGUCAGGCGCUCAAUCUCAGUCUUCGUGUUUGGACACGUGAUGUCUGACAUUUUUGUGCCCACGUAGCUGAAGCGAAGUUCAGCGCUGGUGCCUUGAGGUGAAGCGGAGCACCAAUUUGCGUUAUCAGCGGAGUAUCGGAUUCUGAUCCAAACAGCGUUGGAUUAUACGCAGUUUUGACAAAUUAAUGAGGGGGCUUGGCGGAACCGAUAGGUUCUGAAGAUCCUCCACUGGCGAAGGAAGUUUGUGGCUUGCGUAGGGUAAGCAGGAAAGCAUUUAAAUCUCUCAGUUUCUUCACAGGGAGAAAACGUCGUUGGGUGGAGCCUGCGCUCUGGCUCCCCCUCCCGUCAGCAUGUACAGUUAUCGACAAUCUGCUGGCAACUCACCAUCUCGCAUGAGGGCCUCAUUGUGCAGAGUAGUGGUACCUUCAUGCAGAACCUCUUCUGCUAGAUUGGGACUUGGCGUAGAACUGAGAUAGACUGUUGUAGAAUUGUAUUAUAUUUGUAACAAACUACACUCUUACCUUCCCAGACUGCUGUUUUACUGUAACCCACAUUUUCUCAUCGAGUAGUAUUGGAGCCUGACAGUACUCACUCUCCCAAUUUGUCUGUGGCGUUGUUGCCACUCUCUGUAGGAUUUUAUGUAGUAAAAUUUUUUUGCCUUGGCUUCCUACUC